UAUACGGGAUCUUCGCAUGCACAUCUCGUUUCGCCGUAGAGAACAAACAAGCAUCAUUUGGCACUCCUAAGGGGCGUGAGCAUAUUGUCAACAGAUGGCUAGCAUUAGAGAGACGAUUGAGAGAUUAUCAGACGUUCAGACUGGCGGCAGAACGAAUGUCGAACAGUUAGCUAGUAAAGUGAACGGGAACGCUCGACUCGUGGAGGAUAUCAUACAGCUUGUUACAAAGGAAGCAGAGAGCGAGUUGGCCUUCAUUGUUUACGAAUGGCUGUACAACUGUUACAAACUACGGCAUGAUGACAUUUCUCUGUUUGUUCUCCAAUGUACAUCUCCUAUUAUCUAUAACUACUUGUCGGCAAUUUCUUCAAUGAAUGCACAGUUACAGAGCCACACAGAGCCGUGCCUGCUGGAGAUAUACAACCAGGUAGCAGUAGAAGGCGAUGCUGUACGUGGAAAACAGGCGUUUUCAAUACCAAGUGUGGCAAAGUCUAGUAUCUAUCACCAUCGAAAGACUCUACAAGGGAAACCUUCGUCAACACCGUUACUCACUGAGAGUGCAUUAAACAAGCACGAUCUGAAGUCACAGAAAGUUGCUUCUCUUUCUCUUUCAAGAAUAAGCAGAGUGAUUGCGUGUAACAGGAUGUCUGUUGUGGCUGUUGUUUUGUGUCGGAUUCAGGCUGUUAUGCUUGAUAUGUCUUUAACAGCUCGAAUUUCAUUCUGUCAUAUGUGUGUGAGGCUUGUUGCUUCUGGAUUUCCUCAGUGGACUGCUGCUCUUUCUAUUGAUUCUUUACGUUUCUCUCAUUUACAAUCAUCAUCUUCAUUAUCACAUUCAGAAAUCAUGGAACUCGCAGUCAAGCAGAGACUUCAUCUCACAUCUACUGUGUUACAUGAAAUGAUCUCAUCGGUUUACGUUUGUCUUUAUCAUGAUGAGUAUCUGGCUGCAAGACAAGCUGUAGAGGCAAUACGAUUAAGGGCACAGUUUGAUGGUGUAGCACAUGUGUUAUUGGCUGCUAAUGCUAUGCUCAACGGACUAAAAUCAAUUGAUGGCGACCCAAUGGCUGGACCCCUUGGGUUUAGUUUUGCAUCAUCUCAGGUGAUGUCUCGGAAAACGAGUACAGUGAAAUAUCAACUGGAUGUGAUUGACCACACGGAUGGAAAUGAAGCCUUUAGUGUUGAAGAAAUCGAUAACGAAGAGAAGACUGACGAUUCAGUUUUGCCAGAAAUUCAAGUUUUAGAUGACAACGAAGAGACAAUCACCAGAAAUGAACGAGUCGAAGCUCAAGAUGUUGAUAUCAAUGAAACUGUUGCUCAAACAUCAGGAAACGUGAAAGAACCAGUUGGGAGUGUCGAGUUAUUGGUGGCUCGUGGUAGUCAUGAUGUAGAGACGUUGUCACCGGGUGAUGUCGAAGUCGAGAUGACGGACAAGGAAGUGCAGAGUAUCGAGAAUGACACGAAAUUAGGGAAACCGUUAUGGACGGGACUUGAAUAUGAGACGGUUGUUUGAUGCUUUCAUCAUUUCAUAGUUGGAUGUUUCAUUGGGAAAGACUUGAAUUAUCUUUAAUUAAUUGAUUUAUUUUAUUGUCACACAGUAUGUGCCUUUGGAGUCCCAACAUUUUUUGGUUGCAGGCAUAUCAGUUUUGUCAAAAAUCAAUAAU